CAAAUAAUUCAAUAUGGGAAGAUACAACCCGUAAGAUGUUUGACUUAAAUGAAUUUAUGGACAGAUUAAUGUUACCCAAUGUUGAUUUACAACAAAAUCCAAAUUCUUUUAGGAAAAGUAUAACAGAUGAAGAAGAUUUGAAUCGAAAAAGGCGAAAUGCUGAUUUAGAAGAUAUGGAUUCAUUAUCAGAUACUAAAAAAAUACGACCAUUAAAAUUAAUAAGUAAAUUCAAAUUUCCACGUACCGCACAUUUAAAUUUUCAUCCACAAGUGAUCAACAUGCAUAAACAUCAACAUACGUCUGAUUCCAUGGAUAAUGAUAAUCAAGAUGCUGUAUUUUUACCAUCAUCCUUCAAAGAAAGUGUUCUACCAUAUAAUAAUAAUAAACUAAAAACUACAACAAUGGAACCACCCAAAGUGAAAGUGAUUACACAACCAGUAAUUACACAACAUUUUGUUCAACCAUUUUUUUUACCACCAAUCAUAGAUGAUGUGGUACAAUAUCGAAUGUAAUUUAAUUAAAUA